AUGAGUUUGGGGUCAGCUCGAUAUAAGAAGCAAAGACCUCACAGCUCACCAUUGGCAGAUGAGUCCCUGUCUGUGACAAAAGGGUCCCUGCGCUCAGCCUCAUUUGAUGCAGUGAUGAACUCCCCCAACUCUCCCCCCUUCACUCACACUCACUCACCUCAGGAUCCAUCCAGGAUCAACACCGUCGUCAACAACAGCACCUUCUCCACAUGUGUAGACCUGCAGGCUGCCAUAAGACCAAACACUCACACCAUCUUCAUUGGUCAUGAAUCCAUAGUUAAUGCAGACCGCCUGUCCUCCAGGCCUCCAAGGAUGGACUCCAUACCAGCGGGGCGAGACUCCAGCUCCUCGCCAAGCUCCAAACAAGAACUUUCCUACCCGAGCACAACCAACCUGAAGCCCAACCAGGUCGGAGAGACGGUGCUGUACGGAAUACCCAUCGUGUCGUUGGUGAUAGAUGGCCAGGAGAGACUUUGCCUUGCACAGAUAUCUAACACCUUGUUGAAGAAUUACAGCUACAACGAGAUACACAACCGGCGUGUGGCGCUGGGAAUCACCUGCGUCCAGUGUACCCCUGUCCAGCUGGAGAUCCUGCGGAGAGCCGGGGCGAUGCCAAUCUCCUCCAGGCGCUGCGGGAUGAUCACUAAACGCGAGGCCGAGAGACUUUGUAAGUCGUUUCUAGGAGCUCAUUCGCCUCCUAAACUUCCAGAAAAUUUUGCCUUUGACGUGUCCCACGAGUGCGCCUGGGGGAGUCGAGGCAGCUUCAUCCCGGCCAGAUACAACAGCUCCAGGGCCAAGUGCAUCAAGUGCUCCUAUUGCAACAUGUAUUUCUCUCCAAAUAAAUUCAUAUUUCACUCUCAUCGCACACCGGAGUCCAAGUACACGCAGCCGGAUGCAGCAAAUUUUAAUUCUUGGAGGCGGCAUCUGAAAUUAACAGAUAAAAACAGCCAGACUGAGAUAUUACACGCUUGGGAAGAUGUGAAGGCCAUGUUCAACGGGGGCAGUCGUAAGAGGACGCUGCCAGGCAGUGGGUCAGACUCCAGCUCCCCAUUAAAAUCACAAGGACCCAUCCGUCCCCGAGACUCACCCGAGAUACCUGCAAAAAUCCUCAGCUGCGAGGACAACCGCGGCGGCAUGACGAGCACUCGCAGCUACCCGGUCAUCCCGGUGCCCAGUAAAGGCUUUGGGAUGCUGCAAAAGAUCCCACCGCCGCUCUUCCCACAUCCUUACGGGUUCCCAGCUUUCGGCCUGUGCCAGAAGAAAGAAGACAGUAUAAUGGGAGAGCAAAGCAAGGCGGGCCUCCCAGGUGUCCUGUGGCCUGGUACCAAGGACAGCGCCUAUCACUCCUUCCCCAUGUUCUGGCCCGCGGCGGGCGCGCUGCCCAUGCCGCCGUACCCCCAGACUCAGCACAAGCCCACACCAGAGCUGCUGUGUCCUCCCAGACAGACUGACAUGGACAUAUCCGAGCACAGUGACCGGAGCACCAACACGUCAAAAGACAGCAUGGUUGAAAACGACCGGUGCUCCAGCACACAGUCCGCCCGUAAUGAGGACGACAAGUCGGGGGACGAGGCGAGGCCGCUGGAGGGGAUGACGCUCGUGCCCCGGAAAAUCAGCUACGUCUCCGCGUUCAGACCCGUUAUUAAAGACGCUGACUGUAUCGCCAAGCUGUACGGCAACAGGGGCGCUUACAACGGGUGUCGCACCGGCUAUUUAUCGCCCGAUUUUUUAAGUGAGAGCUCAAGCUAUCGGUCCAUGUCCCCCUGCGUGGACAGUGAGGGCGAGCCGGACGUGGAUGUGGAGACAAACAAAACUCCUGAUGAGGAGGAGGAGGACUCCCGGCCUCUGUCCUCGGUGUGUCCUCGGACUCCUCCCGGCUUGGCUCACAGUGUUUCACCAAACGAUUCAGACUCUAAGGGCAUGCAGGAGAGCAGUGUGGUUGACUCCCAGAAAAUGAGCCUGCACGUGGCCCAGUCCUCAGAAAGAGAACUGCACAGCAAGCAGUUAUCAGAGCCCCACAUAGCCGCGUCCUUUACUGAAGUUUACACACCGGAGAGGGAUGAGAGUGCGAGUAAAGAGGAGCCGUCUUCCACAGUGGAGGAGAUCGAAACGAAAUCUUUUAAUGAACAAAGCAGCGAGGAGAACCAGCGAGAGCCGGACGAAGGCGAGGACGCGCCAGCCAGAGCUCUACCAUCACAAAGAAACAUAGAAACUCUGGCAAAAGAGGAACUACAGAAGCAGCUGUUAGAGCAAGUUGAGCUGAGGAAAAAGCUGGAACGAGAAUUUCAGAACUUGAAAGAUAAUUUUCAAGAUCAAAUGAAAAGGGAACUUUCGUACAGGGAGGAGAUGGUCCAGCAGCUUCACAUCGUCAGAGACCAUUAG